GAAAACAAAGAGAGACGCAGUUUUCCAAUUUCUUCUUUACAAGUAGUUUUGUAGUCUUGUUUAUUAAACCCACUUAUCUGUUAAACGGGCAAAAUAGGUUGAUUUCAGGAGUUAUUAAUUGUGAGGUGCAUCCGGGUAACAGGCCAACAAUUGGACCAUUCUUGGGGUGUGACUGGGUCCAGUGUAGUGACAUCACAGGAAUGGACCAAGGCCGUCCGGAUGCUCUCCUCCAACGGCUCUCGGAGUAUUUGGCUCUGGAGCUCAAGUUCAAACCUAACCUACAACUGCCCGUCUGCAGUCCGGGAGGAGAGGUGACCGUGGGUAUCAGGGAUGGCACGGCCAAUGUGCUUCGUUGUCUCAAGGUGUGGUACGACAUGCCUCCGGAGGUUCUCUUUGUGGCUGUCAACCUCGUCGACCGCUUCCUCACCAAGAUGAAGGCUCGGCCGAAGCACAUGGCGUGCAUCGCGAUUGCGUCGUUCCAGCUGUCGUGCUCGCUGGUGUGUGGAGGUGCACCGGGGUCGCCCCCAGUACCUGAGGCAGCCGAGGUGGCUGCCAUAUCUCAGUGCAAGUGCACGCCAGGCGACCUGCACCGCAUGCAGACUAUCAUCACCUCCAAGCUGGGCGUCGGGGUGCACGACGGCGCUGCGCCGAUCACGGCUGUUGACUUCCUGCGAGUGUUCCACCAACUGUUCCUAUCUGUCGACCAGGGACAGGUUUACGCCAGAAUGGUGGAUGGAGCCGAGUUGUGUCAGAAGCUGGAGAUCGUAGCGUGUGACGCAGCCGUGAGCAACUUCCGUCCGUGUGAGAUCGCUCUGGUGGUGAUCUGUGCCACGAUGGACGCUGGUGUGUCUAGGCUUGAACAUCGGCCCAACUCCGACGAUGUGUUGGCAGUCGUCAACUUCGCCACCCAGCUGCAGCAACUCUGCAAGAUCGAAGAAAGCAGCUUUUACGAGUGCCACGAAGCAGUGUUGAUGAUCAUCGGCCGGUACAACUCUCAGCGGCAGAUGCCUAAUCGGCAGCGGCUUGUGUGGAAGUUGAGCCAUCGAACCUUGCGAUACUUGCGACCGACGGACAAGCUGGUCACCACCCUCCCCACCAUCACGGAGCACUCACUCUCCCCAGCACGUGCAGACUCUACCAGCGAGGAGGACAGCUGGUCCGGCGAUGAAUGGUCAAUCUAACCACCUGCAGAAAUCGUACAAAAAAAAUUAAAAAGUAUUAUAAAUUACAAAAAAAAUUAAUAACAAAAUAAUGUGAAAAAAAUUUAAUAACAGUUUUUAGUAAUGAUCCAUUACAAGAUUAAAAUGGAAAAAAAAUUGCAUGAUACCUUUUGAGUUUCCGACUGUGGAAAGUUAGGAUAUAAGAUUAGGUAAAGGAUUUCGUGUAUAAGAUUUAACGUCUUGCAGGCUUUGUGUACGACACAUCAAACGGUUUUAAUCGGUACUCCUAAAAUUUAUGAUGAUUUUUUUUUGUCUUGUCCACGACUGUUUUAUUUAUUAGUGGGACCAAAUUUAUUUGUCAUGUUUGGCACACGGGUUUGGCUUUUGAAACACUGGAUACAAGAGUAAAACAAGUUGGCUUAAAGAAUGAUUGUUUUACUGUAUGCGUAAGAUGUCUCUCAUUUUAGCUUUAACAUACUUUUUUUACUUAAUAUUUUUUGCCAGUGCUGUUUUCCUAGUCACAUUUAACUGUUACCACAUAAAAUUGAUCAAAUGUGGCAUUAUUAGAGUUUUAGAAUUGUGAUCUGAAUGUCUUGUUUUAUUCUUGUAAUUUUAUUUAUCUCUGAAUGCCCAUCGCUUAUUCUGUGCAAACGAGAUUGUUAUGAAUGUGAAGGAUUAGUGAACAACUCUUUUACUUCUGUCUUUUCUUUUAUAAAGUUGGUUUUAACGAGUUUUCAUGUAAAGAGAAGAUCGUGAGGGAAGUAUUAUUACAUCACUACUGUACAAACAUUUGAUCUCUUUUAGGAUGGCCAACGAUUAUGUCGAAAAUAUGAUGUGCAUGGUCUGUAUUUGUAUAUAAUUCUGGAGCAUUAUGACUUGUUUUCAUUUCAUAAAAUUUUAAAUAAACGUUUAGAUUAGAGCUGCAAAUUGUAUGUACGCGCCAGUUAAUUUUUGUAUAGAUUUAUUUAUUCUUUCAUUGUAAAUAAAAAUAAAUUUUCUCCUGUACUACUGUGAUUUGUGGAGAGAAGUGUAGAAUUUGAGAUGUAUUGGAUGUUUUCACACUGAACUCAGUCUUCGCACUGUCUAAAUGUCGUUUACUAUUGUUAAUUAUUAAAGAGUAAGUUUAUGUAAUUUUAA